ACUUUUGAUGAAUAUUAAAAUGCCAAACUUGAAAGAAUUAACCUUAGAAGUGUUAACACAGGAAGUGAUGCUUUCUAUAAUAGACAACUGUCCUAAUCUUACUCAUCUUAUUCUCAAGGGCUAUCGUCCAUUUCCUCAUGAUCAGAUAUUUAAAAACUUGAUUCAAAAAUUACAAAAACCCACUUAA